AUGAUCUUCGCCGCCCGUCAACUUCAGGAGAAGUGUCAGGAGAUGCGGACCCACCUGUACUCUACCUUCGUGGACCUGACGAAAGCCUUCGACACGGUGAAUCGUGAAGGACUGUGGAAGGUCAUGCAGAAAUUCGGCUGUCCGGAGCGAUUCACUCAGAUGGGGCGUCAGCUGCACGACGGUAUGAUGGCGCGAGUCACGGACAACGGAGCUGUCUCAGAGGCAUUCGCAGUGACCAACGGAGUGAAGCAGGGAUACGUGCUGGCGCCUACCGUCUUCAGUCUUAUGUUCUCUGCCAUGCUGAUGGACGCCUACCGCGACGAACGCCCCAGGAUCCGCAUCGUCUACAGAACGGACGGUCAUCUGCUGAAUCAACGGCGCAUGAACUUCCAAUCGCGCGUAUCCACAACCACAGUGCACGGACUCCUAUUCGCCGACGACUGCACCCUGAACACCACCUCGGAAGAGGAGAUGCAACGGAGCAUUGACCUGUUCUCCGCCACCUGCGAGAACUUUGGGCUGGUCAUCAACACGCAGAAGACGGUGAUGCACCAACCGCCACCCAACUCAGCCACAGCCCCCAACGCGCCGCCGCAAAUCAGCGUGAACGGAACCCAACUGCAAGUGGUGGAGAACUUCCCGUACCUGGGCAGUACUCUCUCCUGCAACACCAAGAUCGACGACGAAGUCGCCAACAGGAUCUCGAAAGCCAGUCAAGCCUUCGAUCGCCUCCAAAGCACAGUUUGGAAUCGCCACGGUCUUCAGCUGAGCACGAAGCUGAAGAUGUACGAGGCCGUCAUCCUGCCGACGCUACUGUAUGGAGCGGAGACUUGGACGGUGUACGCAAAGCAGGCACGUCGUCUGAACCACUUCCACCUCAGUUGUCUUCGUCGCAUCCUGAGGCUGAACUGGCAGGAUCGAAUCCCCGACACUUAUGUGCUGGAACGGACGGGAAUCCUCAGCAUCUACGCCAUACUGAGGCAAAUUCAGCUGCGCUGGAGCGGCCACCUGGUGCGCAUGGACGACGAGCGACUACCCAAACGACUCUUCUACGGAGACGUCGCGACGGGUUCUCGUCGUCAAGGAGGCCAGAUUCGCCGUUACAAGGAUACCCUGAAGUCCUCCCUGAAACGCCUGCAAAUCAACCCGACCAACUGGGAGCAGCUCGCACUCGAUCGACCGACCUGGAGGAGGACAGUGAAGACAGGCGCUGCGAUCUACGAAGUCAACCGCAUCGCUGCCGCCAAAAAGAAACGUGAAGCUCGCAAAUCACAACUUCGCCCAGUACGCAACGCCGCCGCACAACCGCUUCCAACGUGUCCUCGAUUUCAAUGGACAUUCCGGGCUCGAAUCGGACUUGUUGGACAUCUUCGGAUUAACUGCGCCUCUCAGACGGCACCAACCAUCGUCCCCCCGCCCGCCUCUUCCUCCUCCUCUCCGCCGCCAACUAACUCUGACAAUUCUUCUGACCCACGACUUCCAUCAUCCUCAUCCUCCUCCUCCUCCUCCUCGCCCACUGCUCCAACGGCGGCCGCUCAGGCGACUGUCCCGCGCACAACAAUCGACACUACCACAACCUCUCCCGACUCCAACGAUGAGGAUCAGGACUACACCUGCCCUCACUGCGACCGCACCGUCACCUCACACAUCGGCCUGGUCGGUCACUUGCGAAUCCGUCGCACAGAGACUGGCGAACUAGUGCGUGAAGUACCAACCUACACCCCCCGCACUUGCCUCCAUUGCCCACACUGCCAUCGCACCUACAGGCAUCGCAUGGGCCUUCUCGACCACAUGCGCAUCCACGAGAGCGGCCUUGACCGCAACUCCGACACACCCACGACACCCAGCACAUCCACCGUGCACACCUACACCCUCGCUCCAUCCGUCUGCGCCACCACCACCCCCACCAUCUUCUCUGUAGCUGACACUGACACCGCCGACUUCUCAUGCCCACACUGCCCACGCACAUUCACCUCACGCAUCGGCCUGGUCGGUCACUUGCGAAUCCAUCGCACAGAGACUGGCGAACCAGUGCCUGGAGCACCCACCUAUACCCACCAAGCUCGUCUCAACUGCCCACACUGCCCACGCACCUUCAGGCAUCGCAUAGGCCUAUUCGGCCACAUGCGCAUCCACGACGACCUGCGGUAGACAACCGCCGGCCAAACCACACAUUCACUCACUCCCUACCACCACCACCAUCGCCCCACCACACAUCAACACUCCCACACCUAAUGCACCCAACUGUCACCUCCCACGCAAAUGGGAAGUGUGCAUCUCGACUCGGUCCUCAUGCGGCUUCGGCUGCAGGGGUCACUUGAGUUCGAGACUACCCCGACACAUCAAGCGUCGUGGAUAGGAAGGUUGCUGAUUGACGCCCGCUCUCGGUUCAUGCAGUUCGUCGCUUUGUGUGUGUUUGUUGUGUGGAUUGGCGGACUGGUGGGCUGGGGACGAGCUGAAACAGCACCUUCCACGGCACUCUCACGCAAAUGAGAGACACGCCUUUCAACCCCCGUUGUGUGACAUCCUGGUGUUGUGUGUAUGGGGGGCCAGGUCGUGCCGUGGCGCGCGCAGUCAUGGUAAGUCGACCAUGACAGCCACCGCGCCCAUUCCCCACUCCAGUCUGCUGACCGGCUCGGACAGCCGCUGGGGUGUGGGAGUGGGAAGGGAGAGUGAGGUCGACGACUCAGCGCACUUUCUCCUCACUAUAAACAAUCUGACGCGCUUGAAGCUAUCACGGUGCGCUAAAAGCCGUGGCUUGGAAGGUUGCCAACUGACGGGGUAACUUGGACCUCCUCCUUGACUGGAGGCGGUCUGAGAGUCAGGCUGCAAUGUCUCCUUUUUAAUGUGGCCUUUAUGGCACUCUCACCACAGUGUGGGAUCCGAGCCAGGCGUUGGCGGCACGCCCAGGUGCGGCUUCGGCCGUGCCAGCCUCCAAAUCUCUGUUGUGUUGGUUGAAAUCCUGGUUAUUGUUGUGUGGACCAGGGGGUGCGGUGGAACGCCAAGGUGAGGAUCCGUCCGAGCCAUCCACCUGCGGCCUCCCUCGUCUCCGGUCUUCUUGACUCUGUCUUGACACCGGGCUCGGGCGAGGGAGGAGGAUAGAGUGUAGGUGGAUGCUACGCAAGUCUACCGGCACUAUAAACCCCUGCGUAAGUCACCGUCCCUGCUCCCAUUGCUGCUGCAACUGUGGGGCACACGGUGGACAUCAUCGAAACCGAUGGUCGAACUGUCAUUUGUGUUAGGUUGCUGCUGUUGCCAGUCCCAGUGUGUGCAUGUGUUAGCGUCUAUGCGUGUACUACUGUGUGUGUGAUUCGCCUGCGCCCUCCCCCGCCUCAGGUCUUGUUGACUCUGUCUUGAUACCGGGUCCAGGCGGGGAGUUGGGAAGAGUGUGCGGUAAACAUUGCGCAAGUCUACUAUCACCAUAAACUACUUCACGCGCAAGUCAUCGUGCCUGCUGCAGCUAGCUGUGUGGCACACGGUGGCCAUCGUCGGAAUCGACGGUCGAACUGCCACGCGUAUGUUUGCGUUUAGACGGGCCAUGCGGCAAAUGCGCUGGACCAACAGGGGGGGGGGCGGGGGGGCUAGGUCGGAGUCCGACAGACGUUAAUGGAAAUGCACACCGAUAACAUGUGCCAACAUUUUGGGAGUAGUGGCGUGACCUGGUUCAGGCUCAUGCUGCGUCAAAUGCGAUCUGGUUCGUCCUCCCUUUUUUCAUGGUGUCUAAAAUCCUAGUCAGGGUAUUCCGUGGAUCAGAGGGUGUGGUGGCACGCCUAGGUGUGGGGUUUCGCCGUGGCAGCCACCUGCAACCUCUCGCGCCUGUGAUCAUUUCGACUCCGUCUUGAUAUCGGAUCUAGGUGGGGGAGGAGGAGGGAGCGCGGUUGAUGCGGCGCAAAUCUACAGAAACAACGACAUUUCUCUCUCCUCUCCUUCUUCCGUCUUCUCCCCGCUGCCCGACUCGCCAGACUGGCAAGGUGAGUCCGCUCACUCUGGCAUCCUAGAAUGUUUGUUCCCUUUUAGACAAUCCAAAGAGCAAUCGACCGGGACGGAGGGCUCGAGGACUGGCGCGCAGCAAGGUGGACAUCGCGGCACUCUGCGAACUCGAUUCUCCGAACAAGGCCAACUGGAGGUGGGUGCCGGCUACACCUUCUUCUGGAGUGGUCGCUUAAAAGCAGAGCUACGAGACGCGGGCAUCGCCUUCGUCAUUCGGAACGACAUCGUGGGACGACUGCCCUGUCUGCCGCAGGGCAUCAACGAUCGCCUGAUGAGCCUCCGUCUGCCCCUUCGGGGAGGCGAAUUCGCCACUAUCAUCGAAGCCUACGCUCUGCCUAAGACCAGCAGUGACGCCUCAAGGGACAAAUUCUACGAGGACCUGCACGCACUCUUGGCGACUGUGUCGAUGACGAAUAAGUUGAUUUUCCUUAGUGACUUCGACGACCGCGUCGGCAUAGACCAUGCUGCCUGGAGAGGAGUGCUGGGUCCCCAUGGUCUAGACGUCUCCAAAGACAAUGGCUUACUCCUUCUCCACACCUGCGCAGAAAACCGUCUCAUCCUGACGAACACCUUCUGUCUGCCGGAGCGAGAGAAUGCCACCUGGACGCAUCCUCGAUCGCGUCAGUGGCACACGUUGUACUAUGUCCUCGUCCAGAUGCGAGACCAGCGGGACGUGCUGGUGACAAAGUCGAUUCCGGGUGCUGACGGGCGGACCGACCAUCACCUCAUCUCGAAGAUGUGGAUUCGCCUGCAGCCUCGCAGGAGACCACAAGGUAAACGACCCCCCAGGUAAGCAGAAUAUUGCCUUGUUGCCCUUGACUGUUCAUUAUCUCCAUUUCAGCAACGAGCUAACUCAACGACUAGACACCUACCGGCCGCUGAUACCGCUGCUACUGACAAGAACGCCUCCCUGGAGAACCGAUGGUGUCAUCUGCGGCACACAGUCCAGUGGACGGCGCUGGCCGUGCUCGGUCGCGCACGCCGUCAACACCAGGACUAAUUCGACGACAACAAGGCCGCCAUCAGCAACCUACUCGCCGCGAACAACCGCCUACACAAAGCCUACAUCGGCGCCCCACCGACGACAGAAUAGCCGCUUUUCACCGUAGUCGUCGCCUUGUAUAACAGCGCCUGGGCAACUCGCGAGACCAAGAAGAUCCAAGGAUACGUAGACCACAAAGAAUGGAAGAACUUCGUCGCCGCGAUCAAAGAUGUCUACGGUCUGCCAAAUGAAGGUACUGCGCCUCUUAGCGUCGAUGGCAGUACUCCACUCACUGAGAAGACACAAAAUCUACAGCGAAGGGUCCAGCACCUCAGAGGCGUUCUCAACCGUCCCUCCACCAUCUCCGACGCCGCCAUCGCCCGCCUGCCGCAAGUGGAGACCAACAUCGACCUCGACCUCCCGCCCUGCCUCCACGAAACAAUCAGAGCCGUGCAGCAGCUCUCCGGUGGGAAAGCGCCCGGAUCUGACGCCAUCCCUGCUGAGGUCUGCAAGCACGGCGGCCCUCAACUCAUGGAUCAUCUGACUGCGUUUUUCCAGUGGAUGAGGCGUCAAGUAGAUGUCCCACAGGAUUUCAAAUACGCCACGACCGUGCAUCUAUACAGGCGGAAAGGUAAUUGCCAGCUCUGCGGCAACCCCCGAGGCACCUCCAUGAUGAACAAUGAAGGGAAAAUUAUCGCUCGCAUCAUUCUCAACCGUCUGGAUAGUCACCUGGAACAAGGUCUUCUGCUGGAAAGCCGGUAUGGCUUCCGAUGUCAUCGUGGAACCAACGACAUGAUGUUCGCGGGAGACCAAUUUCAGGAGAAGUCGAUAGAAGCGAAGCAAUCCCACGAAGCAGUCCUGAAGAAGGAGACACAAUGGCUGGGACAAAAGCCUUAUUAG